UUUUCCUCAACGUUAAUAGAAAAAAUACGGUCCAUGGGUUAUGACCACCAACUGGAUGAAUCGAUGCACAUUUGUGUUUCUUGUCAAGCUGUAAUAUCGCAUAGAAGUAGUGUUUCACAAAAAAAGCGACGAACGGAUGAAUACGCAACGCAAGAUUUUGAAGAUCCACAACCAUCAACAAGUAAAAGUCCGCAAGAAUCAACAUGUGAAAAUCCGCAACCACCAACAAUUGAUACUGAGCAGUCAUUAACAAGUUGUCAAGACAUUAAUGACAUGCUAGAAGCAGUACCGUCAGUUCCAUCAUUACAGUCAAUCGUGUCAGUGGAUCAGCUGCAGGGUUCGUACAAUGUGGAAAAAUUUAAUAGCAUCGUGCAAACACUGGAAGUUUCCCCAAUUUCGACCAGGAGCAUGAGAAGUACCGAUUAUCGUGUUAAAAAAUCUACGGAGAUCACGCAGGCAGUGCGACGAAACAUAUUCGGCGGAUUCAACGGACAUGGCUAA